UGCGAAUUUUUAUAAAAAAUUUAACUUUUUGUUUAAAUUUUUGGGGGAAUAAUAAAAAUACUUACCUUAAGACCAGGUGUAUGGGCAAAAUAAGCUUCUGGACUCUGCGAAUGAUAGAGAGCUCCAUGUCCAACAGCUCCACAAGUUACUUGGUCAAAUGCUGGAUAAAUGUAAUCAGCAAAUUGAAUUUCGGCGAUCGCAGUAACACCUUGAUUAGCGAGUCCAAUUCCAAAUCCAACGAUUCCUUGCUCAGAUAACGGAGUGUUGAACACUCGGCUAUUGCCAAACCGAUCUUUUAAGCCAACUGUGCAACGGAACACGCCACCGAAUGCGACGUCUUCGCC